AUGGAAUCUACAGGAUCCGAAUCCAAAAUGGUGUACAGAUAUUUGGGUAACUCCGGCCUCAAAGUGUCAAUCUUGGGCUUUGGGAACUGGAUUACCGGCCAUGACCCCAAAGCUGAAGAGACCCAGAUCGAGUGUAUCAAGAAGGCAUACGAACUUGGUGUAAACUUCUUUGAUACUGCCGAGAUUUAUGGUGAUGGUGAAGCAGAGAAGAUCAUGGGAAAAGCAAUCAAAGAACUUCCUUGCGAAAGGAAAGAUAUUGUCCUCACCACUAAGAUCUUCAAGUGUGGAGCUGAUGUGAAUGGAACCUUCCUAAGUAGGAAACAUAUUACAGAAGCUGUCCAAAACUCUCUUGACAGACUCGGUGUAGAGUAUGUUGAUGUGCUCUUCUGUCAUAGACCAGACGAGAACACUCCUCUAGAAGAAACUAUUAAGGCUAUGAACUGGGCCAUUGAUGAAGGACUUACCUUCUACUGGGCUACUUCUGAAUGGAGCGCUGCUAAAAUCGCAGAAGCCAUGGAGAUAUGCAAAAGAUUGAAGUUACAUAAACCCAUCUGCGAUCAAUGCGAAUACAGUGCCCUAAUGAGGACAAACUUUGAGAAAAAUCUGAGACAUUCAUAUGAGACCUACAAAUAUGGUACUACAAUCUGGUCUCCUCUUGCUGGAGGUAUUCUUACAGGAAAGUACAAUGAUGGUAACAUUCCCGAGGAUACAAGAUACAAAGACAAUGCUUAUGUAUCAAGUGUAAUUCUCCAAAAAUACUUUGGUCCUAAAGUUAAGGAAAACACCCUCAGAAUUCUUAAUGGUCUGAAGGAGAUAGCUGACGAGAAUAAUGUGUCAAUGGCUCAACUGUGCCUCGCUUGGACUCUAGUCAACAAAGAUACCAGCACUUGUAUCUUCGGAGCUUCUAAGGUCUCUCAAGUUGAGGAUAACAUGAAGGCUCUUGACCUAGCUCUCAACUGGACAAAGGAGCUUGAGGAAAAAAUCGAGACUUUGAUGGACAACACUCCCGAAGCAGACCUCGAUUACAACAAAUGGGCAAAAGCAGAGGGAAGAAGGUCCCUUAGAGUGGAUUAUGACAUGAAAAUAGAGCCAAUGGCGGCCCUCUGGACCACCUUCGUUUCAUCAUCAGAAUAGUAAAAAUUGGUGGUUAACUCAAUUUCGUGCAACG